AAAGGAAACAAAGUCUACGAGAUAGAGGAGAGCGGCGCGGAGGGUGAGAAAUCCUACAGCAAGGUACUCUACAUAGAGAAUGCCCAAUGGUUCAACACGGGAUUCUAUACUUGUACCUACAACAAGGAUUCUGGCAUGGCUGGAUCGCUUCCCUUUGUCAGGAAGACAGAGAACAGCGAGGAUGCGUCAUCGUCUCAGAUUUUCAUAUUUGUUAGAGAUCCAGUAGAACUUUUCCAAGAAGUUUCUCAACAGUUUCAUUUUGUCACGGACUUGAAUCAGCCCUUAGUGUUAGAUUGUGGCGUUACCGAUCCCACCAUAAAGGUGGAUCUGUUUGCAAAUGGCAUGAGUAAGACACAAGAGCAGGAUGUGUUAUGGGACCCCAGGACAGGCUUCAAGGUGUUGUUGCCUAGCUACGAGUAUUCUACCUCUCUGUCAUGCACUGCUUACACCAGCAAGGUGAAUCAGACCAGAGAUCUGAUCGUCCACUUCCACAUCACUGGAUCUUUUACCAUAAUGUAUAUCACAGAAUACUGGACUCCAGUUCCCUACACAAAGCCCUCAAAAUACAAUCUGAUUGCUGGAGAAAACCUGACCAUUACCUGCUGGGUCAAGGUGGUUCAACACUCCAUGGUUUACAUGGGUUUCAUGUAUGCCAAGAAAGGGUCUGAUCGCUUUAACGAGAGCAUUCCUUUGAGAGUGAACAUAGACAGGUAUGACAACAUCACACACUCAAUGACGGUGAGAAAUGUGCAGGUCAGUGACUCUGGCCUUUACACCUGCAACACCACCAAGGACUUCCGGUUGUACGAGAAUUCCUCCGUACACAUUAGAGUUUAUG